AGUCCCCAAACCGCACCGUUCGAAUCGCUCCUCCACUAGCUGAAGAAUUGAAAAUUUCUGUCUUCAGUCGGUUCACUUGGAUUGUUGCAGACAGGUGAGAAUCGGAAGAGUGAAUAAAUCGCGUGCGAUUUUCGAAAAAAAAGUGGUGAUGGUCGAAAACCGAUGUCGCCACAUUAGAAAACUCUGCUAUUUUUCGAAACUGGGCCUGAAAUUGCUGAAGUUCGGACUGUAUGCCAUAGUGCCGUUCCGGCUCUUUCCUGUCAACCGAUUUUUGGCGAGAACGCUUCUGGGGGCGUGAAAUUGCGCCUGUGGGGGGCUUGUUCAGUGGUGCUCGAGACGUCUUUCUCAUUUAUUUGAAAUAUCUGAUAUUGACUAUUGUUCUGACUUUAGUGACCUACUUGUACCUGCUUUAUUUUACGAGAGACGAUAUCAAACUGUAAUUAGCGAGUGUUAAAGUGUACAGUGAAAUGCGUUAAAUUUUCAAAUUAAUUCAUUGGAAAACAGUUGUUCUAGUUAAACACAGGAGGAUGAAAAGGCCGCCUGGGCUUUGGAUCCUACUGUCGGCAGGUGUUCUCUGGCUGAGUCUACAAGAUGUUUACGGAAUCAGAGCCACAGCGCUCAUCUUCGGCAAGUCGACAACGACCACGACUUCCACAGAAGCGACUUCAGAAGCUGAGACUUCUCCAGAUGAGACUGCCACCGAGGCGAGCACCGAGUCCUCCAACGUGACCAAGCCCACCCUCACGGGGGUGCCCCAGGUGGACUACAUCUGGGACCCCAACUUGCCCAAAGAGCUCAACGGGUACAACCUCUCCGAGUACCCCUUCUACGAGAGGGUGCCCGAAGACAUCGACUUCAAGUGCGAUGGUCUCCAUGACGGGUUCUACGCCAGCGUGCCCCACAAAUGCCAGGUCUACCACCACUGCCUUUUCGGAACAAGAUACGACUUUUUAUGUGCGAAUUAUACCGCAUUUGACCAGAAAACAUUUAUCUGCCACUUCGUGUCCGAGGUGGAUUGCGUCAAUUCGAAGAAAUAUUGGCACAGGAAUGACGCUCUGUAUAAGGCAGCCACGACCACGACUGCGAAGCCUGUGGUGGUUUAUACGCCGCCCCCGCAACCGCACCCUGCAGCCGCCCCUGCGGCGGUGAACCCCCGGAGGCCUGGGGGCCGCCGGCGGCCUAUGCGAAGAAGGCGGCCACAGUACGAUUAUUACGAUUACGCCGACGAUUAUGACGAUUAUUACGAAGAAAGGCCUCCAAGGUCGGAAGCGAGAAGAAGAAAGAGGCCACGACCGAGACCUAGACCAGUUUAUGAAGACGACUACGAAGAAUACGAGGAUGAGAGGUACGAAAGAAGGGGACCGGGAAGGAGGCGAGCUGGGGACAGGCGAAGAAACAACAAUAAAGAUAGAAGAAAAUACGAAGAUGAGGAUAAAUACGAAGAUGAUAAGUUAGACGACGAUAGAAAAUCAAAUGAUAGAAGACCGAAUAAUAAAGACAGAAGAAAAAAUGAAGAUGAAGAAGAUGAUAGACUAGAAGAGGAUAGAAAAACAGAAGAUAAAAGAACGAGCGAAAGGAGACAUCAUAAAAGGCGGCCACCGCAUGAUUACUCGGAGGAAGAAGAGGAAGAUAGAAGAAGAAGUCGUCCUAAAGGAGGCUCUCGACGGCCAGUUGAAGAUGAUUACGAAGAGGAAGAAGCACCUCAAAAUGAUAAACCCUCAGCGCCUGAAAAUGUCGGUGAUAAACCACUGAUAAAACCAACAAGUGGUAGUUCAAUUUAUGAUAGACCUAGAGCUGCCCCAAAAAUUAAACCACCAGUCCCUAAAAAUGAAGCAAGCAAAUAUGCUUAUAAACCGGUAGUGACUAAAGCACCUCCGGUUGAAGAUGAAGAAUACUACGACGAUUAUGAAGAAACUCCUCCUAAAACACACCGAAAAAAUGAACGACAUACAACCAGACGUGAAGAGGAGAGAGAACGAAAACCAUCACCUCCAAGAUUACGAGCAUCGCAGUCAUCUCGAGACGAUGUAAGUUAUGAAGAAGACGUCCCUCGAAGAAACCAGAAACCGAAAUAUGGGUCACACCAUCGUGAAAGACCUAGGAACAAAAAACCACCACCACCAGUUGAAGAUUAUUACGACGAUUAUGAAGAAGAGAGUAAGGAAACACCCGCGAAAGCGGAAAAACCGAAAGAAAAAUCGACUACGACAACAACCACGACGACAACAACAACGACAACCACAACGACAACACCCACAACAACGACAACGACUACUACAACGACCACACCCCCUCCACCUAGCACAACAACAGAAAGGGAAUUGCGUCCCGAAUCUAUAAUUCGGAUAGUAAAAAGACCGUUUUUGCCCAGCCGGGGCGGUAAUCCCUACGGCCCCCGUGGCCUCCAACCUGUGGGGGCCAAAGCGGUAGAAAAAAAGCCCGAAAUAAAAGAGGAAGAAACUUCCGAAAGCGCUAAAGCGGCAUUUAAACCUUCUGUUGUAAUAAAAACCCCACUACGUCAAAAAUACGUAAACGAACCCCAAGAAGAAUUUGCCCCCGUGUCAAGUCGGCCCCAAACUCCCCCUCGCCCAAGUCUCAAACCUAGCAAGGAAUUUCUAGGACCGCGAACGACUCAAAAACCCAAAUUGCCUGAACCCGAUCCUCUGGACAUAGAAGAUGAAUACGACGUCACCUUAAACGACGCCCUAAACCCCACGUUGCCCAAUUUACCGGUUCGGGGAUUCCCCACCGGGUUUAGUAACGCGAAUAACGAGUAUAAUAAUUACAAUUCGUAUCAGAGACCGAGAUAUGUCCUUGAAGGUGCAAAUUCGGAUUAUUAUCAAGCCAAGCCGACGAGACAAAGAUACGAAGCGGUGCCCUACAGUAACCCGCAGGAACAUUUUGUUAAUUCUGAGGCCGAUUACAAAGGGCAGUACAGCACAGUCAACAGAGCUAAUUUCAGGCCCAGACUCACGCAAGCCCUCUACACGAGUUUCUGAUUUUUCAAGCCAUAUUCUAGGUAGACUUAAAAUUCUAUAUUUAAUUUUUCUGUGAAUUAGUAAGCAAAUUAUGGUUGUGUAAAUUAUGACGAUUAUUUAAGUUAAAUUACAUGAUACUUUGUAAAAUAUUUGUACUCAAAAAUAAAACCGUAAAUAAAAACCGA